CAUAUUGUAAUUAAAUCAGCAUAUACACUAUAUGGACAAAAGUAUUUGGCCACACCUGUUCAUUUUUGAAUCCAGGUGUUCCAAUCAAACCCCCCAUGCCAAAGGUGUAACAAUGUGUCGUUCUGAAGAGCUCAGUGACUUCAAGCGUGGUUCUGUGAUAAGAGUCCACCUUUACAAUAAGACGGUUCAUGAAAUAUCAUCCCUGCUGGAUAUGUCACGGUCAACUGUAAGUGAUAUUAUUAGAAAGUGGAAGCGUUUAGGAACAACAGCAACAUGGGCACGAAGCGGAAGACCACGUAAAAUCACAGAGCGUCUAUGACUGCUAAGGCGCAUGGUGCGUAAAAGACGCCAACGCUCUGCUGAUUCCAUAGCUGAAGAGUUCCAAACUUCCAUUGGCAUUAAUGUGAGCACAAAAACUGUGCAGCGGAAGUUUCGUGGAAUGGGUUUCAAUGGCCGAGCAGCUGCAUGCAAGCUUUACAUCACCAAGUCCAAUGCCAAGCGUUGGAUGGAGGGGUGUAAAGCCCAUCAUUACUGGACUGUGGAGCAGUGGAAACGUGUUCUGUGGAGUGACGAAUAACGCUUCUCUGUUUGGCAAUCAGAUGGUCGAGUGGGUUUGGCUGAUGCCGGGAGCUUCCAUCAGUUUGGGGAAGGCCCUUUUCUGUUUCAACAUGACUGUACCCCAGCACACAAAGCAAGGUCCAUAAAGACAUGGUUUGAUGAGUUUGGUGUGGAAGAACUUGACCGGCCCGCACAGAGCCCUGUCCUCAACCCCAUCCAGCACCUUUUGGAAUGAACUGGAACGGAGUUUGCGAGCCAGGCCUUUUUGUCAAACAUCAGUGCCUGACCUCAUAAAUGCUCUACAGAAUGAAUGGGCACAAAUUCCCAAAAUCUCCAAAAUCUUGUGGAAAGCCUUCCAAGAAGAGUGGAAGCUGUUAUAGCUGCAAAAGGGGGACCUACUCCAUAUUAAAGUAUAUGUAUUUGAAUACAAUGUCAUUUUAGUCCCUGUUGGUAUUAUGGUCAGGUGGCCGAUUACAGUGUCCAUAUAGUGUAUUUCUGCCACCCCUUAAAGUCUCCCUGCCACCUUCUGGCCACCCCAUGAUUAUUUCUCUAGAUCCGCCCCUGCAACGGGACUUCCUGGAUCAUAUUUCAUCGUCUCACUGUUACCACAACACGCUGUCACCAUGCUGCCUCCAGCACGUUUUAACGCAUGCUCAAACCCUACUUAGACUUCAGAUUUUUCAUCAGACUUUUAUGAUCUAUGUUGAUGUGACUACUGACUGUGGGGACCUUAACAUCUGCUGGAAGAUUAUAGGGUUACGCUCUCAGUGCAGUUACGCCCUUUAGGCAGGCUGACCACACUGAUGGUACUUCUGUGUAACAGGAUGCAGUAUAUUUCUCAACAGGAUAUCUUGUUUCUACAUUUUCAAUUUUUGCCACGUUACUGAGUCAGUGUGUAUGUGUCAUUCAUCCUGACACAUCUGAUCCUCAUUUUUGUUGUCCUGCAUUGGCUCUGUCAUUUCUGUUCUGCAGGGUUUGCUGUCUCAAGGAUCCAUGUCAUGAUACAAUGUGACGAACAAGAUGAUGUGGCUAAUGUGACGCGAGGCUCAGGCAACCUGGGGAAUACACUGUGCAUGUGAGCAGAUUGAGGACAGCCUCUUUGUCCUAUAUAAACCAAAAUAUGAGAAUCGUUCCCACGCAUGGAGAGCCUCUCUGCAGAGUUGCUGUGUCCAUUUGUUCUGCUCUAGUUUGCAUGUAGGUCAUGUAGUGGACCAGAGCUGCAGCAGAAUGGCAACUGCAUUAGAUGGUACUUUUACUGUGUAAUCUUGGGCUUCCUGUAGCUCUAAUUUACAAUGAUUUUGACUACUGUUCAAUGCUUAAAUCCUUGUUAAACAGAGAGUAGUUAAUCAAUCGUAAUUCAAAUUCACAACACCAUAAAAAGCUUCAACCUUUUUAACAGAUGUCUAUUUCAGAUGUUAUUACCUAAAAUAUGUGUAAUGCAUUUCCUGGUACUGAAAGUUUAUUUGAAAUUGAAUUGAGAAGUUUGGAGAAAAAUGUCUUUAAAAAAAUGUCUGUAACUCUUUUUGGGAUUUCACAUACUGAGAAUUUAAAUAUUGUACAUGUAGCUGAAUCUUAAUAUGCAAAUCUUUCCCCUCUUACCAUUUCAAAGAAAUGUAGCAUAUUAUUUCUUCAUAGUUGUGAAACACCACAUGUUUUAAUAUAAAAAUAUCUGUGUAAAACCAAUAGGCCUGCACGUGGAAAAACAUCGGCGUGGACCUUAAAAUAACACCAUUUUAAGUCAUUUUGAUAUACAGAACAUACCGUGAUCUAUCAAUACCAUAUCACCUCUGGAGGGCAGUAUGUUCAUGGAGAGGCUCUGUGGGUUCAUCAGUUCUGUUCUUUCCCCCUCAGUCAAGGAAACCUCCUCAAGGUUAGACAGAGGUCAAAAUCUGUAGUCCACAGCUGGAUCAGGAGACUGUACAAGCUUCACUGUCAACUGAAGCAGAGCUGAUGAUGGCUCACACUCUGUGGAUGUCAUGACACCCAGGGGUCUGUGCAAAAAAGCUCUCAGAUCCUCACUACUGACUGCAGACAGGGGACAGUCUACAGUCUGCCUCUAUCAUGACACCCAGUGGUGAGUUUUGGACUCGAAGCUUCAAAUUGGAUGUGAAUGUAUGUGUAUGUAUUCAAACAAACAGUGUGGAGAUAGAAAACACAUCCAGUGACUUACUAAUGCUCCUUUGGUCCUCCAGGUGUGACUCAAACGCACCACCACAUAAUGUGCUUUAAUUUGGAACUGCAUUUUUUACAUUGACACUUAAAACAUACAAAUUAAUUUAUUUUGUAAUGUUUUUUUGUCUUAUUAUUUCAUGUUCUUUCCAUCAUUGACAAAAUAAAGUUUCUAGAGCAUGACUGCUGUUUAUUAUUUCUGUGUAACAGAAUCUGGAGUAGUUAGUAACACCAGGAUCUUUUGGGGUUCUUGCAGACGUGCAGCAUGUCGUACUCACUGAUAAUCCACAGUAAAACAAAAUGAGCUGCUAAUUGUUCCUACACAAAACACAUUUACAGUAAUAUUCAAUAAGAGGAAAAGUGUUGAAACAAUAAUUUGAGAUUUAUGUUCAAUACUGACAAGUAACAACUGAAACUAACAGAAGCAGCCAACACCUGAAAAUCAUCUUUAUCAAGAUAAACUGAAGCAAAGCUUGUGGAAGUGUACAGUAAGAAAAGUUGUUACAGAAAUAUAAUAUUUAUAGUAUAGUAUAUAGUGUUUGCUAUUUUAAUCUUGACUAGCUAUGAAAUUAUACUUGUGAAAAGAAGUUAAUACGUAAUUUUGCCACUUUUUUUCUUUUUGUUAAACACGACCAGGUCAGGUAUUCUCAGCAUUAACCUCUUUUUGGGUAUGAAUGUCUCGAUCAUUGCCUGUGAGCAGGUCUGCUAUUUAUGUGCUGUUCUUGAUAUGUGAUUGUAGAUAGUCGUAUACCUUGUUUUCACUGCAACGUUGGUCAAUAAUCAUUUGUUACACACCAGUAAAAUUCUUCACUCUGGGUUUAUUGUAUUCACUUUACUGACUGUAGCUGCUUAUGGAGUCUAUUUUUGUAUUUCCAGAUACUGUUUCUUUAUUGCACUUGCUGUGAUGUACACUGUUUUUGCUAAGAGCUUUGACAGUGUGUACAGCCUGGACUCUGUCAGAAGCAAUGUCAGGCCUGCACGUUCACUUUAAAAGAUUGACCGAAUAACGUUGUGGCCCGAUUUCCCCAAUGAUGAGUAAUAAUCAAUGAGUUUAUCCAGGGCAAACAUAUUCUGCUGGGACUAACUGCACACUCCACAGGGACAGUUAUGCUUUCAACACAUCAACAAUACCUGCAAACUAAAGCAUCUGCUAACUAAUCAACAGAAUCACGGUUGAACCAGCAGUCACAUGUGUCUGCCUGUGACAAAAGAAUCAAGGGGAAAAAAAUCUACUGAAAAGUAAGUUUUUAUAUUUUUGAAAAAGCAUUUUGUGGCAUGGUAAGAUAUUUCAUUUUAUUUUGGUGCGUUAUUAUAAUAUUGAAUGGAUGUUGGAUUCUGACUUUGCCUCUGCUGACGUGUUAUUCUUAUGAGAUGCUGCGUGUGUGUGUAAUGUGUGUGUUGUAUGUAUUUUUUUAGGUGAGCCAUGGCAGCUGAUCUAGACGUGGUGAACCUGUUUAUCAUUGCGGGGGGAACACUGGCUAUUCCCAUCUUGGCCUUUGUUGCUUCGGUCCUUCUCUGGCCCUCUGCACUCAUUAAAGUAUAUUACUGGUACUGGAGGAGGACGCUGGGCCUGCAGGUGCGCUACGCAGACUGCGGCGGUUAUCGCUUCUGUUACACCUACAGAGGAAAGCCCGGGAUGAGACCUUCCAUUUUAAUGCUGCACGGCUUCUCUGCUCACAAAGACACAUGGCUCACUGUUGUCAAGUAUCUACCAAAACAUCUUCACAUUGUGUGUGUGGACAUGCCUGGCCAUGAGGGAACAACACGCACCAACACAGAGGAUUAUUCCAUUCAGGGGCAGGUCAGAAGGAUCCAUCAGUUUGUGGAAACCGUUCGCUUAAACAGGAAACCUUUCCAUCUGGUUGGAACCGCCAUGGGGGGAAAUGUAGCCGGGGUUUACGCAGCGUGCUACUCGUCAGAGAUCUGCAGCAUGACUCUCAUUUGUCCAGAUGGUAUAAGACACCCAUGUGAGACCAAAUUUGACAAUCAUCUGCAGGACCUGGAGCACAGCAAUUACACAUUAAAUAUCCCGCUGAUCCCAACUACACCCGAGGAGAUGGAAGACAUGUUCAGACUUUGUUCUCACGUUCGCUUUAAAAUCCCUCAGCAGAUUCUUCAAGGAUUGGUAGAUGUUCGGCAGCCCCACAACACAUUUUACCAAGAAGUAUUUAUGGAGAUUGUUGGUGAGAACUCAAGAUAUGCCUUACAGGAGCACGUACAUCUGAUUACUGCACCUUUACAAGUGAUAUGGGGCAAACAAGACCAGGUGGUGGAUGUCUCUGGAGCUACAGUCAUUGCAGAGGUGCUGCCUGGCUGCAGGGUGGACCUGCUGGAGAACUGUGGACACUCUGUGGUAAUGGAGAGGCCAUGUCGGACAGCCAAACUCAUCCUGGAGUUCAUCAUCAUGCAGCAAGAUGCCAGGGGUGGCACAAAGAAAUCCUCCUGAAACCCAAUGACUUGUACUCAUUUCUUUCCACUGCAAUGCCUCACAUGUCCCUUAUACGUGACAUGCAUGCAUAUGUAUACAGAUGUCCAAGCUUCAAACAUUUACAUUAAGACAGUAAGCAAGGGGUUGGGUAGUGCACCAGCAUCUCUUAAGAGAAAUAAAUCGCGUUUAAUUUGUAAUGUAAACUUAAAUCACCAUGAUAAUAAAAGCUAGUAUAUGA